GUGUGAUUACGACCGCCACGCACGGAACCGGCAUCUCGUUCAAAAUCUUGGGGGAUGACGUCCUCUCUCUAUCUCUCCUUUUGGCAGACUGCACGCUCGUCUACUGCUCUCGUUAUGAGAACUCGGACCUCUUCAAGGCCACUCUAUGCGGCCUGGGAUCGACCGGACUCGUCGUUUCCGUUCAGAUCCGCGUAGAACCGGCCUUUCGACUCAGGGAAACCCAAGAGACACGCGAAUUUGAAGACGUGAUGGAGAACUUGGACGAAAUUGUCCAAAAGGCACAACACGUCCGGUUAUGGUGGUAUCCGCAAAACAAAACUGUUCGCGUCUGUAGCGCCGAUCGAACCACAGAGUUUGCUCAACAUACGACCGAAUGGGCCAUCCCAUACGAAUACACCAAAGAAUGCCUAGUACACCUCAACAAGUGGCUCGAAGAAGAACCUUACAGUACCAACGGAACAUAUCCAAAUUUUCCUAUAGAAUUACGUUUCUCCGCUCCAGACGACAUCUGGCUGAGUCCCGCGUAUGGCCGGCGGACCUGCUGGAUCGGUAUCAUACAAUUCAAGUACCCACAUCCCAUGCCUCAUCUGCGUCACAAUGCCGUCGCCGGCGGUAGCGAAAACGCACCGCUCCCUAUUCUCAUGUGUCCCACCCGAUCAAACUUAUGCUCGGUGGUCAUCUAG